AUGGGUCCCUCUCGCACUCAUCGAAGCAAAUACAACUUCUCCGAAGAAACUCUGACAGGGCAGCUUCUAUGCCCGCAUUGUAGCAAGAAGUUCAAGACCCAAGGCUUCAAGAAGCAUGAAACAAGCUGCAAGAAGCAGAAGGACACCAAGGUGGAACAAGCGGAGUUCGCCAUUCAAUAUGCACGAGAUCAGAAAAGAGCUCGGCAGCAGGCUCACACUGACAUGGGCAUGAUAACGCCCCCUAGUGCUGGCCCAUCGCGAUCAGUUGCUGGGAUUCAGAAUGCGCCCCCUGCAAUCAGGGAUCAUAGUCCUCUAGCUGACCCUGUGCUGCCAGCAGAUAACCUGGAUGCUGGUGAUUUCGAAGCCUACAAUGGGAACUACAAUGGGAACCUCGAAGGUGCUGGUAGCCUAGCCAACAGCCAGCAACAUUCUGUUGAACCGCAAUCUGCAAUACCUCCACAGCCCAUGGAAUUCAAAACGAUGUAUCAUCCUUCUGCUGGUCGUGAACCACUCCUUCAAACGUUUGAGGAGUUCGGUGUCAAUUCGCAUCCUGAGGAAGAGCUCCCUGUAGAUGAAGAGCCCUGGUGUCCUUUCUGUUCCCGCGGCGACUUUGAGUUUGCGGAGAUCGCACUCAAUGCCGCACUCAAUAAAUCACAAAUUGAUGCGCUCCUUGUGCUCAUUGGUCGCAUAUCGAGAGGAGAGAGCCAGGUAACUUUUUCAAAUGAUAAUGAGCUGCGCAAAGCUUGGGAACAUGCAGCUGCUCAGGUGACGCCGUUUGUAAAACACAACAUCACUGUUCCUUACAAAAAAGAACAUCGAGUGUAUAAGACUCAUGUGCUGCCUCUGUGGGACUGGGCUCUUGAUUUGUUAGCUAAUCCACUGCUUGCUCCGCAUUUUGUCUGGGAUGCACAACAAGUUUUCAAGCACAAUGGCAGGGAGUUUGAACACUUUUACAAUGAGCCUUGGACGGGUGAUCAAUGGUGGGAUGUCCAGGCAUCAUCAACAAAUCAGAGUCGCCUUCCAAGUGACAUUAAGGCUGCUCCAUUCUGCUUCAUCCUGUACGCGGACAAGACAAGACUGUUGUCCCACGGUACAGUAAAGGGAUAUCCUGUCAUGGUCUGUUGUGCGAAUUUGCCAGUUGGCAUAUGGAAUGGAGAGGGCAUCGGCAGUGGCCGUGUUGUCGGGUGGUUGCCAAUCGUAUCUGAAGAUGCAGACGAAGAAGGCAAGCCAGGCUUCGUAAACCUCAAGCGCAUCAUAUGGCAUGAGGCAUUCUUAAAACUGUUGGAACUGGUCGUGCAACACUCAAAGUCUGGUUAUUCACAUACUUGCUAUGACAAGAUCGCACGCUGGUUGUUUCCCAUUAUUCUGGUACUUUCUGCUGAUUAUGAAGAACAAUGCAUGAUGUCUCUCAUUCAUGGCCACCAUAGCAAAUGUCCCUGUCCAAAUGUUUUCUGGCUCGUUGCGCACUCUGACCCUCAUCAAGCCAUCAGUUUUGACCGCCUUCAUGCCCUCCAUCUUGGUAUGUGGAGGCACCUACUCGAGGAGUUGAAGAAAAUCCUCAAAGUGCUUGGACAUGAUGAAGAGUCAAAGGUCGAGAAACACACCAUCAUCCACAUUACCUUCAGUGAUGGUAACAAGAUGCAAGAUCUAUCCAAGCAAGCCUUCUAUUCUGCGGUAAACAUCUUGAACCAGAGGACCAGCCCAGAAGGGUAUAAACUUCUUCACAUUAUUACUAUGUAUAUUGGUCUCGACGUGCAUACAUCAAGCACGCUGGCAGCAAUUGAUGCUGAACUACUUGUUUUUGAUAGCGCACUCAAGGAAUACAUCAAAUGUGCUCUCAAUUCUCCCAUCAUAGGUCUCAAGCUUGACUGGGACUUUCCAAAGGCGCAUCUCUGGAAGCACGCAACUAGGGACAUCCGAAUGAAGGGUGCAGUAUGCAACUACAGCACCCAUCCGAAUGAGAAGCUUCAUGGCCCCCUCAAAGAGGCCUACGAGCACCGGUCAAAUGGAAAGGACGUCGCUGACCAGAUCUUGUUAGAUACUGCGUGUUGA